CCUUCCAUCCCGUGACCUCCUUGAACCAAACAGGGGCAACUCCCUCCUUUUUCACGCGAAGAGCUUCCCCUGUUCCCUCCCAACUGAAACCCUAUGCAGCCGCAAUUUCUCCGUGGUCUCUCUCUACAAUGCACCACCCCCGCUGCCGUUCCUCUCUCAGCUCCUUCAUCUGGCGGUUCCUCCUUCUCCCCCUGCCGCAAUAGUUACCGAAGGAUACCCUCUUCAUCUAUUUCGCUCCCGUAUAGACCCUUUGAACUUCCAAGAAUUACCGGUGGAGUCAAACCUAUGACUUUAAACUCUUCGCUCUCCAAUCAGUCUGGAACUGCUGACUCGGGACUGUCCUACGAUGAUCUCGAUCGCUUCGCCCAUGUUGGAAACAAAAUGGCCAACGCUGCCGGAGAUGUCAUUCGCAGUUACUUCCGGAAGAGCAUUGACAUCCAUGACAAAGAAGAUUUGAGUCCGGUUACUAUUGCUGAUCAAGCGGCUGAAGAUGCAAUGGUGAAGAUAGUUCAGGAAAAUUUCCCUUCUCAUGCGAUAUAUGGUGAGGAGAAUGGAUGGAAAUCUAAAGAGGAGGUUGCUGACUUUGUCUGGGUUUUAGAUCCAAUAGAUGGGACAAAGAGUUUUAUUACUGGGAAACCCGUUUUUGGAACUCUCAUAGCUUUGUUGUACAGAGGCAAACCGAUUCUUGGCAUAAUUGAUCAACCUGUCUUAAGAGAAAGGUGGAUCGGAGUAAGUGGGAGGUGUACUACUUUUAAUGGGGAAGAAGUUCGCACACGAAGUUGUGAAAAUAUUUCACAAGCCUACCUGUAUGUUUAGAUUACACAACCAGCCCACAUUUUUUCUAUGGAGAAGCUGAGCCUGCUUUUGCUCGAGUUAGAAAUAAGGUAAAAGUGCCACUCUAUGGAUGUGAUUGCUAUGCCUAUGCACUUUUGGCCUCUGGAUUUGUAGAUCUUGUUAUCGAGUCUGGACUCAAGCCAUAUGAUUUCCUUGCACUGAUACCAGUUAUAGAAGGUGCUGGUGGAGUUAUCACAGACUGGAAAGGGGACCAACUUAGUUGGGAAGCUUCCUUGGGGUCACCUGCCACAAGCUUCAACGUGGCAGCAGCUGGGGACAACCGAGUUCAUCAACAAGCACUGGACUCUUUACAGUGGCAUUGAAGGAGUAGAUGCUGGUUUUCAAACUAGACAGAUCUCAUAUUUAGCUAAUUAAGUUAUUUACGAAGAAUCCCUCCUUUUCAUGGCCUUACCUUUUGUAUCGUAAUCUUAUUAAUCAUUAGAUCAGACGUGUUUUAUUAAUUAAUAGUCUUAUGCUGCACAAAAUCAUUCCGAGCCCAUGGAUAUUAUGGGAAAGUGGAAGUGAUAUUUUG